AUGAAGGCCAUAAUUGCCGUGCCCGCGGUGACAGGCCUGCUCUACCGCGUCUGGGCCCGCAAGUCGCUCACCCCGUUGGGCACCGUCUUCGCGGCGUUUACAGCCACCGCCCACGCCGCACACCCCUGGUUCGCACCAUUUGUGCUCAUGGCUGUGUUCUACUUCGGAGGAACGAAGGCGACAAAGGUGAAACACGACGUCAAAGCGCGACUGACUCUCUCGGCUGCCGGCACGGUGGGUGAGGAGAGCCCUCGCAAUCACCUCCAGGUGCUGGCCAACUCGCUCGUCGGGUCGGUGUUGAGUGUGGCGCAUACGGUGGUUCUGGCGAAAACGGUCGGCGAUGCCGGGGACUGUUUCUCACUCGGCCAGCGCGCGGCGGACGUUUUGAUGGUUGGGAUCGUCGCAAACUAUGCCGCUGUCGCCGCAGACACCUUCUCCUCCGAACUAGGCAUCCUCGCCAAAUCCAAGCCCCGCCUCAUCACCUCCCUCACGCUCCGACAGGUUCCUCCCGGUACAAAUGGCGGUGUUACUGCCAUGGGACUCGCAGCUGGUCUGCUAGGUUCGUUUUCGGUUGCUGGCACAUCUGCCCUCGUACUUCCCUUCUGUGCCGGAACCACGAUCAAAGACCGAGCAUUGUGGACUGUGGCGAUGACGACGUGUGGGGUGCUGGGCAGUUUGUUGGAUAGUGUGCUUGGCGGACUUCUGCAAGCUAGCGUUGUGGAUAAGAGAAGUGGGAAGAUUGUUGAAGGGAUUGGAGGCCGGAAGGUCCUCAUUCACCCCGCUUCAAUAAGACCCUGCGGUCCAUUGGACGAUGCAGCUUAUUUCGGUCAAGCAUCAGGCAGCGCACACUUGCGCAACACCGAAACCAUUGCAAACGCAGCUACACUACACGGCAGCCACAUCACACAUACGUCGGCUGGGUCGCAGCCUGGACGGACCCAUGAGGAGGUCAAGGAGAGCCGCCGCAUUGAGGUCGGCCGGGAUUGGCUGGAUAAUAACGGGGUGAAUAUGCUUAUGGCUGCGACGAUGAGUUUCGGGGCCAUGGGCGUUGCGCAGUGGGUUUGGGGGGUGGAUGUUCGGGAGCUCUUGUAG